AUGAGUUCAGAUUGGUGGGGUAUUCCAUCCAAUACGGAGAGCAAGUAUAGAAGCACGCGUUUAUCGCCAUCAUGGGCCGAAUCUCCUGCACCCGCAUCUUCGUCUAUUCCAUCACAAGCGAAUCAAAUUUCGACAAGUCAAUGGGCGUUCAUUUCAAAUCAAACUCAAAGUACUCAAAAUUUCGAUCAAGCUCUUGAUGUUGCCGCUUCAACUGCCGCGACAUUUGCAGAUCUUACGGCAGACGAGAAAAAGGCAUAUGAUUUAGAAAAGAAAGCAUAUUCUAUUCUAACUCAAGCGUUGAGCAAGGAUAUAUAUCAUCAGUUUGUCAGCUUCAAGACGUCAAAGCUGUUAUGGGAUGCAUUGAAGACGAUAGGUCUAGGAAAUGAAGCGUCACGCAAAUUGCGACAUGAUCUACUCAAGAAGGAGUUUGAUGGCUUCACAUGUAUGGAAAGGGAAUCUUUGGGAGAUUUGAAAAUUCGAUUUUAUCACUUGUUGACUGAAUUGAAUAGUUAUGGAGUAGUAGUAACUCCAAAAGAAGUAGUCAUCAAGUUUGCCGACGCAUUACCAGCUCAAUGGAAUGGUUUCUUGGAAAUCUUGAAAUAUAAUGGCACUUUGGCUGCGACAAACAUCAAUGAUUUCGUUCAGCUCUUGGAGAACAAAGAUCAAGAAGAAAUCAGGAAGGCCAAAAGGAUUCCAGUGCAACAGAAUCCUGAUAUGUAUUAUGGAAACUGUGGAAGUUCUAGCACUUCUGCAAGACCUGCUCCACAUGCUCAGCUUCAAACGGCCUUUGUAUCAAGAGAUAUGUACGGAAAUCCACUACCAGUUUCCAAAACUCAAACGACUUUUGUCUCAAGCACUGACAUGUACGGAAAUCCACAACCAGAAGUCUCAAAGCAAAGCUAUCAAUAUACCGGAGCAAGAGAUAUGUACGGAAAUCCACUACCAGUUCCACAACAAGCUUGUUAUGGAAGCACCUCAUCUGCCGGUCAGCCAUCUAAUCCAAAUACAGUUCGGCUCGACACUUCAAAUUUCUCGAAAGUAAGUGUUGAAGUAGCUAAAGAUCAUAUGGAGCUAUUAAACACAUUGAUGAGCGCGUAUUGUGGGUUAAUAGCAGGAAGUGAUGUUCAGGAUGGAACAGCUUGCUUUGCUGAGGUUGUCAAGGAUCUGAAACAUGCCAGUGGUGGAGAAUCUUCCGCCAGUGGUGGAGAAUCAUCUGAAGAUGAAGACAGUUCUGGUUACAGUAGAAGCUCAGAUGAAGAAUCCUCAACUUCAGGCGACGAUCAUUUGGAUGAAACGUCAAGUGUGUCAGUCGAUGCAGAUAUUGAUGAAUUGUUGGGAGAAGCUGCAGCAGGGAAUCAUAGAAGAUCAAUCUUGGUGGAUGAAGCUGCUUAUUCUUCUUCAUCUAAUCAUUCAGCCUUUAUGUCUAAUGUGGGCGGUUCAUCAAACCAGAAAGGGAAGCAAAGAAAGAAGUCGCACCCUACAAAGAAAGUCAACACCAUGGCCGUUCCGCUUGAACGUUUGAACAUGGAUUUGUUCGGUCAUGUCAAGCAUAAAAGCAUCAGGAAUGAUCAGUACUGCCUCGUGGUGACUGAUGAUUAUUCAAGAUUUUCUGGGGUGGCGUUUAUGGCACACAAGAGUGAUACUUUCCAAAUUAUCAAAAACUUGAUCACAAAGAUUGAGAAUUUGUAUACUUUGAAAGUUAGACGGAUACGCAGUGACAAUAGAACCAAGUUUAAGAAUCAUGCCAUGGAGGAGUUCUGUAGAUCCAAUGGUAUUCUUCAUGAAUUUAGUGCAAGUUACACUCCUCAACAGAAUAGCGUCACUGAGCGUAAGAACCGUACAUUGAUCGAAACUGCUAGGACCAUGUUGGUAGAGUCCCAGUUACCCAUUCCGUUCUGGAGUGAAGCUAUGGCCUCUGCAUGUUAUACGAUGAACCGAGUCCUUACAGUUAAAAGACACAACAAAACCUGCUUUGAGCUUCUUCACAAACGGAAACCAGAUUUACAAUAUCUUGAACUGUUUGGAGCUCCUUGCACAAUGAUCGAUCCGAAUGGAAAGUUUGGGAUUCAACCAUUGGUUCGUCCAAUUAUUGUCAACAAUCCAGGACCAUCUUCAGUGAACAAUAAUGCUCUCGACAAUGAGGAUUUUUACGAUGCUACCGAACUGAACGAAUCUUCAGAGGAUGAUGAAUUUCUCGAUGCAGACCAAGAAGUUGUUCAUGGUACUUCAGAGGCUACACCUCCAGUAGACGCCCCUAUAACAGCUGAAGCUACUGCAUCAUCCUCUUCGCGAGUUCAGGGUAUUGAUUUGGAUGGCUCCUUCUCUCCAGGUGUUAGUGAGAUCCCUCUAGAAAGGUUUAAAGCCGGUAAAUGA